GGAAUUUCCCGGCGCGGGUCGACGCCUUCAUAAAAACUCCGAGCCCGGUCGACGCUCCACGUCUCAGCCCCCCACCCCCUUCCUCGCUCGGGGUUUGUUUUCGUCGCGCUCCCAGAGCCGUCGGAGGAGUGUUGCGAAGAGAGAUCAGCAAAUCCCUCCACCACCACCACCGUCGUCCCUCCAUCCCGGGCCGAUGAGUUUGCUCGCCAUGGCCGGCACAUCGCGAGAAGAUGGAUGCCAAUCGAUUGACAUGGAAAGCCUACAGAAAAUGCUUCAGGGCAUUACGGAGAGAGAGAGCACGGAGCCGCAACUGCAGAUCUUGCAGCAGCCGCGGCAGCGUGGCAUGCGCUUCCGCUACGAGUGCGAGGGUCGUUCGGCCGGAAGCAUCCCCGGCGAGCACAGCACUGACAGCAACCGCACCUUCCCAGCGGUGCAGAUUCUCAAUUACAAAAACCGAGCCAAGAUCCGCGUGUCUCUGGUGACCAAAUCGGACCCACCCAAGCCGCACCCACACAGCCUGGUGGGCAGAGAUUGCCGUGACGGCAUCUGCGAAAUGGACAUCGGCCCCGACAGCAUGAUAGCCAGCUUUUCCAACCUGGGCAUACAGUGCGUGAGGAGGAGGGAGAUCAUGGACGCCCUGCAACUUCGCCUCAAGAAAAAAGUUGACCCUUUCAACGUUGGCAAUGCGGCACUCGACAUAGAAGACAUGGAUUUGAACGUGGUGCGGCUCUGCUUCGAGGCCUUCGUCUACGACUCGGCGCAGAACGUCGUGGCUCUCCCCCCGGUCGUCUCGCACGAGAUCCGCGACCGCCGUGCGACCAGCACAUCCGAGCUGAAAAUCUGCCGGGUGAGCCAGAAUGUGGGCAGUGUACGCGGCGGCGAUGAGGUCUUCCUGCUGUGUGACAAAGUACAACGAGAGGACAUUGAAGUUCGAUUCUUCGACGACAGUGGCUGGGAGGCGCGCGGCCUGUUCUCGCAGACGGAUGUGCACCGCCAGGUAGCCAUCGUCUUCACCACGCCGCCGUACCGCGACCAGACGGUGACACGCGAGGUCACCGUGCGCAUGCAGCUCCGCCGGCCCACCGACAACGAGGUCAGCGACAGCAUGGAGUUCCGCUACCUCCCCUACGAUUACGAUCCAUACGGGAUCAAAGUCAAACGGAAAUGCCCGAACUCGCAAAACUUGUCGGAAUUUCUAGAACAGCACAGUGGACCGACUAUUGCUGAUCAUGGUGGACAAAGAGUGAUUCACCCAGGGAAGCGCUUGGCAGGAAAACAUCAGCUGCAGCAACAGCUACAGCAGCUACAGCAGCAGCAACAGCAACGGCAGCAGCUACUACAGCAGCAACAGCAGCAAGCAGCAACAGCAGCAGCAGCAACAGCAGCAACAGCAGCAGCAGCACAGCAGCAGCAACAGCAGCAACAGCAGCAACAGCAGCACCAACAGCACCAACAACAUCAGCAGCAUAUCAACGAAUUCAAAAGUGAGCCGGUAUUUCAUAUGCCCAAAAUCCAGACAAGCGCUCCUCUUCCUACGGCCAUGCACCCGAUAAAUUACGGUCAUGGUGCUCAGAGGGCCCCAUCUAUGCCUCAGGCCAUGGUUGAUCAGCCACCCUCAGCCCAGUACACUGGUCUACGGGGAGAGAAGAGAACAUCAGCUCCACCACCCCAGCCCACGCUUCCAGAAGCUGUACUCCCAUCUGACGGAGUCUCUAUCAAACACGAAUUCUAUGCAUAUAACCCCUAUGAUUCAUCUGGUAUGGACUGUGUCAUCAGCUGGAGCGAUAUGCUGAAAGACGAGUCGCCGGGAAAUCAAUUAUUUGGGGGCAUUAAUCCUAUCGAUGACAUGAAUGCGAGAUUUCCCAGAGACCUGGAUGCCGUGCCCAUUGUGCCACUUACGCCCGACACCCAGCCAGGCACCAUGGGCUUCUCUCAUGCCGACCGUUACAGCAGCCCCAAUUUUCUCAUGCCACACCAGCAGCAGCAACAGCAGCAGCAGCUGAACGACUACCAGCCUCCAGACUUCAGCACAGUGCAGGUGGGCAGCCACCCUGCCAGCAACCUGCCCACUAACCCUGCUGAAACCCCACAGCCGCAGCUGAUGCCGAGCUCAAUGUCACAGGGGGACACGAGCUACCUGCCGAACAUUGACGAGAACACUGUGAGCAUGGUGAACUUUGACAGCACGGAGUUUGGGCAGCUGCUGUCGAACAUACCUGAUGACUCGCAUUGUGGCUUGCAGGCACCACUUGGGCCACUCUUUGUGAAUGGAGGGCCAGGCCAAAAUCAAUUCUAGGGAGGAUGUCAGUGAGGUGAGGCUAAUCACUGUGUGGGAGUUGGAUGCGGUUUAAACAAUUUCCGUUUGGAAUGGGCCGUGGUGUCGUGCGGAGAACGUCAUCGGGUGUAGGCAACAAAGGAAACGAAAGUAAACGGAUGAAAAGGGAUAAUCUCUGUAAAAUGUAUGUGACAUUUGUGUCAAAUAUUGGUGGAAAUGCAACUUUAGACAAAACAUAACACCUCCAGAUUCCAGCUGUGAGGAGUGUCUGCUAGACAUCCUUUACUGGGCAUGCACUGCUGCGUGAUAUGUCAUUAUCAUGUUUUGUACAACACUGAGGUGUUGGGGCCUUCUCCCUGUAGACACGCCAUCACAUCUCAUAACACGGCACGCAUGAACCUGAUACUCUUGCCGUCGUAAUUAUAUCUAUAUUUUUUCAUAUAAAUUUAAAAACAAUAUACAUUGUGAUCUUUCGUGGUAAUGACAAAGAUCUACUGGGUGAAGUACAACUUGUAAUUGUCUUGUGUUUCUUGACUGGUUAAGUACAGCAAUGCUCAGCGAAUGGACUAAACAUGUUCACACACAUUCCCAGGAAAUGCCAAUUUUACUACCACAUGUACAAACUCCACAACAGCUCUGUAUAUAAAAAUUAUAUUUAAUAUAGAGCAACAGAGUUAUAUGUAAACAUUUAGUAAAACUAUUGUUCGACUUUGUUUUGUUAGUUUGUAGUAUUUAAGGUGUCAUUAAAUGAAUUUGUAACAGAAUUAUGUUGCCACUUUGACUAAAUCCAACCUUUUGAAAUGAAAAUGUUUUCAAUAUAAAAUGUGUAAAAUAUAAGAUGUAUUUUUAAGGUGCAUGUUUUUUUUGUUUUGUAAGACGAUGUGUGUAACCCUUUUAUAUACAUGGCAGGGGAGUUGUUGAGCCCACUGUGAAAGUAAUGACUGUGUCAUAACAGCUUUUCAAACUGACGAUUUAUAAAGGGCAAGUUUGGACUCCAUGGACAGCUGCGUAGGACACAUUAUUAUAUCACUAAGAUAACAGAUGUCCACUGUCCACUGCUAUCAAAAAAUAAAUGUUUUUCAAAUGAAAACAUGACACGCUUUUAAUAUAUUGCUCUAUGUACAAUAUUUUUUCCGUUCAAAAAUAAACGUUUUAUAAAUCUC